AUGGUGGUGAAGGUGUACGGUCCAGCUUAUGGUUCUCCAAAGCGGGUGCUUGUGUGUCUUGUUGAGAAGGAUAUUGAAUUUGAGACGGUACCUGUUGAUCUCAUCAAAGGAGAGCACAAAAGCCCUGAAUUUCUAGAGCUACAGCCUUUUGGAGAACUUCCUGUGAUUCAAGAUGGAGAUUAUACUUUAUAUGAAUCAAGAGCAAUUAUAAGGUAUUAUGCAGAAAAAUACAAGUCUCAGGGGACAGAUUUGCUGGGAAAAACCAUAGAAGAAAGGGGCCUUGUGGAGCAGUGGCUGGAGGUGGAGGCACAUAAUUAUCACCCACAUGUUUACAACUUGACGAUUCACAUCCUAUUUGCCCCUGUCUUAGGCUUUCCUCCAGAUGAAAAGAUCAUCAAAGAAAGCGAAGAAAAACUUGCAAAGGUGUUGGAUAUUUACGAGGAGAGGCUCUCGAAGAGUAAAUACUUAGCUGGUGAUUUCUUUAGCCUUGCUGACCUUAGCCAUCUCCCGUUCACUCACUACUUGGUUGGCUCGAUCAAGAAAGAGUACAUGAUAAGGAGCAGGAAGCAUGUCAGUGCAUGGUGGGAUGAUAUUAGCAACAGGCCAUCUUGGAAGAAGGUUUUGACUUUUGGUUUCCCUGCUCUAAAGACUCUCUAG